UAAAAGUGAAUAAUAAUUCAACAAUGGUAUAUUGUAUAGACCGUCGCAAUGGAGUCAAGUAAUAAUAACAUAACCAGAUUCGAUUCAUUUGAUUUUGACGUGGUGGUCAAUGGAAAACAUUGUGAAGAUGGCGAAAGUCCUGGCACUCCGCUUUCGUUUUCUAAAUUCGGGAUCGAUAACCGACAAGGGGCCGUCAGAACUUGCUUAGGAAAGAUACGGACUUUAGGAAGUCUUUCAGGCUUGGAAAGACUAUUUCUCAUAAGUUCCGGUGUAGGAAUGGGCACUGUCUUGGUUUUGCUGGUGGUAAAGAUGGCAUUGGUGACACCGAAAAGCACAGAAUUUGCAUUUUCACUGGUUCUGUCAUUUAAUAUCUUAUUCUGUCUGUAUUAUCUCAUACACGGCGUAUUUUGUGAGCGUCCUUAUGAAUUGACUGUCCUGGUCAUCGGCACCACAAUCGACUGGGUGUACCUGGCACUGAAUUACUGUUUUACGUCACAAGAUACGCUCAAACUGGUACGCCUUAUCAUAACAUCGCUUUUUGGAAUCGGAAUAAUUACAAUGGGCAUAAUUCUAAUACUAAAAUACCACCAGUCAAAGAAUCUGAUUUUUCGCACGGUCGGGGCAAAUGCAGAGUUACAAAAUAUGUGUCACGUGAUGUACGUGUAUAUUGGUGUCCUGAAAGCAGACCUCCAGGUGUCGGUAACGCUUGGUGUCCUCGAAUGUUACGAUUCCAACGGUCUGAUGUUGAAGGAUUAUUUACUUAUGCCUCUAGCACUUUUGGUUGGCAUCUUUACUUAUUUUACCGGCUACUUUAGUAUGAGGUUAGAAAGCAAAAAGAUGGCUAUUGCAUACAUCAUUUGUUGGAAUACUAUUCCAGUCUAUGUGUUGUAUUUGAUUGUACAGGCAUCGUUGGACUUAAUAAGAGGACGUGAUGAUGUUAAACUUGAAAAGGAAAUUUACGCAGUCUUAUUUGUUGCGUGUGCAACUUCCAUCAUUAUGAGGUCACUUUCACUUUACUGCGGGAUAAGAGCAUACAAAAACUUUGGGAAAGGUCUACGUCAAAAAGUUUUUGGAAAUUGCCAGUCAGCAUUUAGCAACGACGCACCUGUGUUUACCUUUUAAAUAUGAGAUGUUUACGUGGUAUGCAAGUGCAUUUCUUGUAUUGGUGACGCAUACGAAUAUGAGUUGAGUUCCAGAGUGUUUCAACUGUUGAAAUAAAUGCAUAUUUUGGAGAAUCUUCUAGUUCCAACCGCGUGGCGUUCCAUGGCAACCGCCACUGAGUACCUUCGUUCGGUGCUUUAACUUUAGUUGUUUACUUAACAAGCUUAUCGUUUUUCCUAUUUUUUAGACAAAUUGUGUCCCGUGUCUUCUCUCCUUUUUUUGCUCAAUAAAUUCUAAACACCAUAGAAGUAAAUAUGGCGGUAAAAUAAGAUGUGCAAUAUAGUAAAAAACAAAUAAAGGAUGUUUAUUUUCCCAUUUGUAUUUCAUUGAGACAUAGAAAACAUUGAAAAAUACAAAAUAAAAAAAAAUAUGUAAAGGUUUACAAGAGGUAAAAGUGAUACUUGUGCAACUGGCCAGUUUGAAUACAGGAGGGAAAUUAAAAUAGAAGGGAGGAGGAAGUAAAAUGGAGACGAGGGGAAACGGGAUCAGCAAAAGCGGCACCGGAAAGAUGAGAGGUGAAGGCGGUCGAGGCUCGGUUUGCUUCCUCAACAGAGAUGUAUUGGUGCAUAAUGCCGAUGGUGUGUACCAUUGCAUUGGCAAAUUUAAAUGUUUUACAAUCUCUUUCACAAAAUAAAAAUAAGAAGAG